UAUAUAGAGCUGAGGUUUGAGUCACGACUGCUAAGGACGCUGUCAACUCUGUGUAGUCUUCUCUCUGCUUUCAUUUACAUGGGCAUCUGCCUCUAUGCUCCAACAUUAGCUCUGUCUACAGUCACGGGCCUCGCUACCUGGGCAUCCACACUUAUCAUGGGGACAAUAUGUACCUUCUACAUCACAAUUGGUGGUGUAAAGGCUGUGGUGUACACAGACGUGUUGCAAACGUUGCUCGUGUUUGGCGGGGUGCUGGUGGUGGUGAUCCUCUGUUGUAUUGGCCUGGGCGGCGUUGACAAAGUGUGGGCCAUUGCAGACCGAAGUGGACGCAUCCAAUUUUUCAACCUCGACACGAGCCCUUUUGAGCGCCACACUCUGAUGUCAACUGUGGUCUACGGCUGUUACUUUGCGGUCUCUAUCAUCGGCUUCAACCAAAACACCUUCCAGAGAUUAGCAUCUGUGAGGACGCUUCAGACAUCACAAAGAUUGGUAAUGGUCUUCCUGGUGGGGAUGUAUACCUUGUGGAGUCUCUUCUUCUUCUCGGGGCUCGUCGCCUAUGCCACCUACAGUGAUUGUGACCCGCUCACUACCGGCAAGAUUGAAAAACCUGACCAAAUAUUUUCAUUCUUGGUGACUGACAAGCUGAGUCACUUGCCGGGGUUGGCCGGGAUCUUCGUGGCGGCAGUCUACGGCGGCGUCCUCAGGGAGCAACAGUUGAGCUCGGGGAUACCACAUGAGCUGGAUGUAAUGGCUAGAACUCUGCUGGUCACUCAUUCCUUUUUCACACAAGGAGUUGAGUUAUCCAAUAACAAGAAGGAGGCUGAUGGCUGUCUACUGAUACAACAUCCGCCCUUCAAGAUUUGCCACACUGCUGUCUAUCUCUCCAACCACAUCAUUAGUGAAGACCUCCGUGUGUUGGAAAGGUAUGUGGAGGUGAUGUAUGACAAGUCUAGUCGAGCUUUAUGUGUCAAUGGUGCAAGACUUGAUGUAUUUGUUCGCAAAAAGAGAUCAUAUAAUGCAAUUCCACCAACACUGUCUGCCCUGAAGGAACAUGUAAAGCGUGCAGCCUAUCAAGGUGGAAUGAUUUGGG